AUGCACGGUCAUCACAAUCACCAUGGUCCCCCCGGCGGCGGUCACCACGGCGGUCCGGGAGGCCCUGGAGGCCCAGGUGGCUUUGGCGGUCCUGGUGGCUUCGGAGGUCCUGGGGGACCUGGCGGCCCUGGACAUCAUGGCCAUCACCACGGACACCACGCGCAAGGAGAUUUUGGUGGUCCCGGUCCCAUGGGCCACAGCCCCGGCUUCGAGAAAUUCGGUCCACCGGGCGUCGGUCCCCACGAUAACCCGCCUCCAUACAACCACAUCGAAGGACCCGGGUCCGGAUUUGGUGGUCCAGGCCCCAACCAUGGUCCUGGAUUCGGGCCUGGACCUGGACCUCAGGGACACCAUGGACCUUCUGGUGGUUUUGGUGGUCCAGGCGGUUUCGGUGGUCCUAGACCGGCUGAUUUCGGACAUUAUGGUGGUCCUCAUGGGCACCAUGGGCAUCAUGGUCAUCAUGGUCAUCACGGACCGGUAUGCUUAAAUUCAUCUAAAGAAAAAAUACGUUGA